CAUGCGUGACUAUGUUUUCAGCGCGCUGAACACUGCUUCAGAACGAAGUCUCUUCCCUUUCUUGACAUCAUGAUUCUUUCGAAAGGUGCAAGAUCCACGAUUACGUUUACACAGCGAGCGUACAUUCACUCAAGGAGCGGAGCCCAACAUUAUGGUAAAGGAGCACUUGGCACACUGUCCCUUCUGGGAGCAGCAAGCGCUAUGACUCUCGCAGCCUUAUACCAUAACAGCCCGGCUCUAAAUGAGGCUGUUAAAAACGAUGAUAAGCAACGAUUCACGCAAACAAAACUUCACUUUACUGCUAUCGAUCCAAGUGAUAACCGGCCCUUUGAAAUUCUCUCCCAAAAGGCGAUCAAUGCAAUAAUGCGGUCUGGAGAGGUCGCGUACAAGUUUGCUCAACCCAUCAAAAACGUGUCCGGAGUAUACGUCAACAGCUUGCGCUCAAAUGAACCGAUAGAAGAUCAUUAUAGUGUAGACACAAUAGGAUCGACGAAACUUAUUGCUGGCGUUUAUGAUGGCCAUAUAGGACCUCAAUGUUCCAUUUUGAUAAAGCGUAAGAUCCCCAUCUACGUUGCACAGCAUUUGGAAAAGCUGCCUAUGACAAAGUCCAUAGAAAAAGUGAUGGGAGCUCUAUCAUCAGCGUUUGAAGAAUUGGACUCCCAUAUCCAGCAACGAUUUAUAGACAUUUUCCCUAAAGAUAUAUCCAAACUAUCUGCAGGAGAUAUCAGAUCUGCAGUCACCAGUAGACCUGAUCAGGCUGAAACUCGGCGCAUUAUUGAGGAAGCUAUUCAUGGAUCUUGCGCUUCUGUUGCAUACGUAGAUGGUGACGAUGUAUAUACAGCCAACACUGGCGACUCGAGAUCAGUCGUGGUGAGCGUAGACAAGGAUGGUAAAUGGCAUGGUCGACGCUUGGUAGACGAACAGACACCUGCACGACCUGCUUGGCGCAAGUUCAUGGAAUCUCAGCACCCUGCUUCAGAAACGAAUGGUCUGAUCAAGAGAAAUAGAGUAUUUGGCUUAAUUGCUGUGGGCGGAGCAUUUGGGGAUAUUAUGUAUAAGGUUCCCGUCGAAUAUCAAACUGCUGUAUUACCCAACAUACCGGCAGAUAUUUAUCGCCGAUUUGCAAGAUACCAUCACCGAAUCAUUGCAAACUAUAGGACACCACCCUACCUUUACUCCAAGCCAAUUGUCACACAUCACAAGCUGGAAGAAAACGACCGGUUCAUUGUCGUUGCUUCGGACGGUCUAUGGUGGUAUACUGGAAAGGAGGACGAGCAUUCCCCUGAUGGAGAUCAAGCAGUAGCCGAUAUACUGAGUAAAUGGAAGGAUGAUGAAUCCGAUGAAUUGCCCAAUCCUUCGACUCAUCUGAUGAAACAUGCGUUUAUACUAAGACGUCGUUACGAUUUACCCGACUCUGCACCUUUCGACGAAUCGGUAGAAAUUUCCAAGCUCCUGACCAAACAGCCUUCCCGAGGUUUCCGUGACGAUAUCACCAUCGUAGUAAUCCAACUAGGCAAAGAAGGCAAGAGUAUGACUGACCCUGGUCGGUAUGGCGAGAUCAUUGAAGGGCAAGAAGUUGAUGUUAAGUGCCCUAAAUUAUACAACCCAAGUAAAAAAGGUUGGUGGUAAACGCGGCAAACCAACCUUACAGCGGUUAAAUAAACUUCCGAAACGGCUAAAUUCACUACCAUUUUUUUUAAUUUCUUG